GACAGUUGCAGGAAACUCGUGCCCGAACCGCUGCUGCGAAUACCGGCCACAAAUUCUAAAAUACACGCGAGCAAUCACGCACGUGCAUCAUACGUAUCACCAGUAUUCUUUCGGCAAUAUGGCCUAUCUGCUAGUGUUCUCCAUCUGUUUGGCAUUGCUAUUGGCCUCCAUAUCACUCUAUCGGUACGGCUGCAUUCAACGACAGCAUCCAAUAGUGACUUUUUCCGUACUGACGGCGUGGAGUUUCUCGUUCCUUAUCGUAUUCACGAUUCCGCUGGAUGUCACAUCGACCGUGUACCGUCAAUGUCUGCAGGAGCACAACAUCACCAGCAAUGGUUCGAACAAUGACGGGCCCGAUGCAAUCUGUCAGCGACCGUGGGGUAUGGUGGAAGAGGAAGUGUUCCCCAACUUGUGGCGCAUUAUCUACUGGUCAUCACAGUUCCUUACGUGGCUGAUUAUGCCACUGAUGCAGUCCUACCUGAAGGCAGGUGACUUUACGAUCAAGGGUAAAUUACGAUCCGCACUGGUAGAUAACGCCAUUUAUUACGGCACGUAUCUGUUUAUCUGUGGCAUACUGCUGAUUUAUCUCGCACUACAACCGGGCAUUUCGCUCGAUUGGCAGAAGCUAAAAGCGAUCGCAUCUUCCGCCUCGAACACGUGGGGCUUGUUUUUGCUCGUGCUGUUGCUAGGUUACGCUCUGGUCGAAGUACCCCGCAGUCUCUGGAACAACUCGAAGCCAGGUUUUACAUUGCAAUAUGCCUACUUUAAGCUAUCCAAGCUUAGCUCGGAAAAAGCGGAAGCCGAAGAGAACGUGGAUGAUGUGCUGGAAAGCUUACAGUCCGCCAGCCGAGCGAUUCCACCGCGGCACGAGUUGCGCCCCGCACUAGAAACCAUCAUACGCAAAGUGCCUACCGAGCUGAUGGAACGAGCGAGUCGUAUCAGCCGGGAGGAUGGUUCCCCGAUGGCAAUACCGUCGGAAAAGGCACUGGUGCGACUGCAUCGGCAGGUGAUCAAAUCGCUGCAAACCUUGCAACGCACCGAAGCGCUGUGGAGCGUUCAAGUUACCAAAGUGCUGCACCUGGAAGAUGUGGCCAAGAAUGCCGUAUCGCUUGAUCAUCGCUUCAAGACCGAGUUUCCUAAGCAUCGGGUUGGAUUUGCGCGGGCCAUGUACAGCCCAACGAUAGACUGGUAUUGGGAGUGUGUCGUGAAGGCACCGUUCCUGAAAGCGUUGGCCGUCAUUACGGCAUUCCUUUCGUUCAUGGUUGUCUGGAGCGAGCUGACGUUUUUCAACCGCCAACCGGUGCUCUCGAUCUUUGCCAACGUGCUGAACGUGGCGAAAGGGAACUACGAUUUCGUCACGAUCGAGAUAUUUUCCAUGCUGACGUUGUGCUAUUUAUGCUAUUGCGCAUAUUCGACCGUGUUUCGCAUCAAAUUCCUGAAUCUCUACUAUCUGGCCGCGCACCAUCAAACGAACGAGUACAGUCUGAUCUUUAGCGGCAUGUUGCUGUGUCGCUUGACGCCACCAAUGUGUCUCAACUUUCUUGGCAUGAUUCACAUGGACUCACACAUCAUCAAGGAGCGGGUGCUCGAGACCCACUAUACACAGAUCAUGGGUCACAUGGAUGUGUUGGGCAUCAUUUCGGAUGGCUUCAACAUCUACUUCCCAAUGGUGAUGUUGGCGUUCUGCCUCGCUACCUGGUUCUCGCUCGGUAGCCGUGCGCUGAACGCUCUCGGAUUUCAGCAGUUUAUGCUGAAUGAAACCAUCGCCGUCGAACUCGUCCAGGAGGGAAAGGAUUUGAUUGUACGUGAAAAACGCAAACGGCAGCGGGCGGAAGAUGCAAUGGCGCGAAGGCGAGAUAACAUUUUGGGACAAAUCACCAGAGAUGGGACGGUCGGCGGAGUGGGACAUAGCGGCCCAGGCACAGGAAAUGGUGGCGGUUCGAAUGGAAAUGGUACUGGUGGAGGUGGUAUACUGUCGAAGUACAAAUCCCGCCAUGUUGACACCGUUGGACCGAAUGACGAUCUGGUCGGGCAUGGAGAUCGUUUGGACUACAGUACUACCGGUAGCGGCGCUAGAGGGUUGGACGAUAUUAACCUCUCUUUAUCGCAGGAAAUUAACGAACGAUUCGGUGUGAGUACGGGCGUUUCCGUAGGGUUUAAGGGAUAUGGUACCACAUACGAAGACGACGAUAGCCGCAUGGGAGGCGGUGGCCGUUCUGGACCCAAACCGAAAGGAUUGUUUGAUGAUGUUUAAUCGUUUGUGAGCGUAUUCUAAUUAAUGGUAGUAUAGUUUCCGUUCCAUUCCUACGUUUCCCAAAUUGUUCAUUGUUUCGGAUUCAAUUUUAAUGUGUGUGUCUGGUGUUGCGUGCGAGUGUGUUUACUAGAGCAACACAGAUUUAAACUUAUAAGUUGUAACGUUUUAAAUUAUGAUAUUUUAACAAGAGAAGUCGAUUGUACCACACUAACUGAAGCAACAGAUAACACAUAACAUGUAUUGAUGAGAAGGAAAGGAAAAGACUCGAGCACGAACUCAGAGUCAUGUGUCGGAUGUCUUCAGGAAAGAUGCUGCUUUGCUAAGUACAGCGUAUAUACAAGAAGCAACAAAAACACACACACUCCACUUGCAAACGCUAAUGUAGCACUAAUAAACAUGAAAUGUACUGUGUAUGAGUCUAGGAAAGACAUUAUGUAUUAAAUAUGCUGGCACAUUUGCGCUGUAAAAAUAGUAGUGUAAUGAUUGCACCUUAUUGAAUAAAGGAUCCAUAAAGACUAGUACAGUAGUGAUGAGAACUUGGAGGUGGAUCGGUUGAUACGAUGCGAUCCAGGCUUGAAAAAUCUGAUCCAAUCACACGAUUUGCUCUCACGCUCGCUGACGCGCAUGACAACAUGCGCAAGCGGAACAGCUACAUGCACACCGGAGUGGAAUAGAUGUUACCUCCUAGAAGGAUGCUCUC